AAACUUGCCUUGGAAGAAUUGAGAGAAAAAAAAAGGUAUCAAUGAAAUUUCUCGAACAUACGGAAUAUCCUCUCGAACCUUAAGAAGACGCUACGAAACAAGUAACCAGCAACUACUAACUCAAGGAAAAUAUCCUGUUCUUGGCUUCGAAAAUGAAAAAAGACUGGUAGCUCAUAUAUUGAAGCUCGGAGACGCCGGUUUUCCUCCUGACAGAAUUGUGAUUCGUCAAUUAGCUUAUCAGUUUGCCGAAAAGUUGAAAUUAAAGCACAGCUUUAACAAUGAGAAUAAAAUGGCUGGACCGCAAUGGCUAAAAAGCUUUCUUGAAAGAAAUCCUGAAAUAGCUUUGAGACAAGCUGAGGGCUUAUCAAUUGAAAGAGCGAAGGGUCUCAACAGAACAGAAGUUGCAAAUUUUUUCAAACUCUUAAUAACUACUUUAACUGAGAAUAAUUUGCUGAAUAAGCCAGAUAGAAUAUUUAAUAUGGAUGAAACCGGUGUCCAACUAAAUAAUAAAAUUGGUAUAGUAUUAGCUAAGAAAGGCAGUGAAAUUGAAUCUGAUAACACAGAUAUUAUGAAACAGGAAAAAGUAAAAACAUUAAGGAAGAGAAGAUUACAAAUUUACAGUUCUGACAGUUCCGACAGUAGUGAAAGUGAAGAAAAUAUAUUCAGUUCAAAAACGCUUAAAGGAAAAGCCACCAUAGGACUCCUAAUCAAAAGAAGCAAGGACGAAAAAUCGAUAAGAGACACUCAAAAGAUAUUAAAAGUCAAAAAUGAUAAUUUAAUAGUAAAUACGAAUAAAAAAGUUUCUACUAAAAAAAAUGAUAAUUAUUGCGCAGAAUGUUAUAAGAAUUACAAUUUAACGAAAUCAAAGUCAGAUUGGAUUCUAUGUGAUACAUGUCAGAUGUGGUUGCAUGAAACAUGCACCACAUUCAAGAAUUAUUGUCAAAGAUGUGGAAAGUUGGAAACCUUAGCUGCUGGCAAAAAUUAAAGUUUACACCAAAGUUAAUUACUAAAUUAUUAUAUCUUUAAGAUAAAUGCUAA